AUGGCCCGCGUGACGCGGCCGCUUCCUCCCGCCACUUUCCGGCCUCUUUUGUGUGAGUGCGUGUGUUCAGCGCUGAGUCUGCAGGCCACGUCCGGACCCGGCCCCUUCGCCACCCUGACCCCCUCCCGGCCGCGGGCCGCCAACCCCGUGCGCUCCGCGGGGUCUCCGGAGGGAUUUUGCCCGGUGCCGGGGCGCAGCGUCCAGGGUGCAGACCUCCAAGCCAAAGCGCUCCAGAUGUCUGCGGAGCGUCCCCCCGAAAGAGCUUCCAGAACCGCCUAG